AUUUUAGUUUUUAACCUGAAAUGGGUAAGCGGCUUAUUUUUAUUUUUGCUUUUCUUGUGGUAUUAGCGUUCCUUGGAUGUUUCAUUUUACAUGGUGGCCUUGAUUUUUCAAAAUCUAGUAGUUAUUCUUCAAAUCAACAAUGUACAAUUGAAACUUGGAAUUGGGUUCAUACAGAAUCCAUAUCAUCUUCCUACGUGAAAACCUUCUCUAAAUGGCUGUGGAAGAAGCUUGAAUUGACAGCUGAGAAUAUCCACAACAACACUGAAGUCUCAAUUCUGGCCGCAUACGUCUACCCUGAAACCAUUGCAAUAUCUCUUAUCACUCAACACAUGUUGAAUCAGAAGAUGUAUUGUAGAUACUACGAUUGUGAACGGAAUGAGAUUCCAGGAAGUGCUUGGCGGGGUGUAGUAUUUCCAGAAUCUGUUAUAGAGUGUCCCAGAAGAAUUGGAGCAGUUUAUGUGUCUGUUUCAAGAGAGAUGGAAGAAGUAGCUCCAACUCCAGUUAGACUCAAAUUUAGAGCAUAUAAAGAGCCAGUUCAUCAACUAUCAGUAUGCAUGGCCCCCACUUACGGAAAUGGAUCUCAUUGGCUUCCAAUUGUUGAUUUUGUAGAACAUAACAAGCUAGAGGGUGCCACGUUCUUUUUCUUUUAUGCCGGUCAAAUUCGAAAGUAUGACGAGAAAAUUUUGAAUGAAUAUGUUAGAACUGGUGAUAUGGAAUUAGUGAAACUGCAGGAUAAAUAUCAACGUGUGUUCAUUUCAUGGCAGUUUUUGGAGGUUCAGGACUGUCACCUUCGAAGCAAAUAUUUUUCAAAAUGGACAGCCGUAAUAGAUUUGGAUGAGAGAAUGACAACAUUUGGACAGAGAAUGAUUGAUCUUCUACGAUCAAUUCAAGAUCCUUCUAUCGGAGUUCUUGAUGUACCACAUGUGCAUGUGAUUCAAAAUGAUGAUUUUCCCGCGAAGUUUGAAAAUCGAACACAACUGGAGAAAGAACUGAUAUUCAAAAAAUACAAUAAAACAACGAGCAAUCAGAUUACAGGUUCUAAGUUCAUCAUAAGACCAGAUAAGAUUGGUGUAAUGUUAAUCCACGAGAUAGUUGGUAUGUGGCCAGGAAUCAAAUUGCAAAAGUUGGAUAAAGCUCAAGCAGUUCUCAGACACUACCGCAGCACCAAAAACCGGAUGUAUCAACCGAAUUGGAACGAAAUUCCAGAUAAAUUUGGCGUAAUGCCAAUUUUCAAAAGCGUGCCACUUCCAGAACAAUUUUCCAAAGAUUUGGAAGAAGCAGUUGUCCAAAGAGUUCUGCGAGUGUAUGAUUCAGUUCCCGUGAAUUGUUCCAGCAUACCAAAACAAUUAGCUAAUUCUCUAAAAUAUCCAGAUCCGUGUAAAGAACCAUGGGUUGCGUUUUGACAAUAUUGAUCUCAUUUACUAAAAAAGCUUUAAUGAAAAUUUGAAAUAAUGAAGAAAUUAAAUAAA